GUUGGACUGUCAAAAUGCCGCGAGGUUUUAGUUUGCUUCAAUAUUUAGGGGAAGACAGCUAACCUCAACUCUCCCCUUUGUUUAUAUCUGAUGAAAAAUUUCAUUUAACGCAGUAAGCACCUGGAGUCGGAUGAUUCAAACAAAAUCAUUCACAAUCCUGCAGCUCAUUAACCUCUAAUUAUUAACCGCCAAUUCUAAUCAUAAGAACGUCGAAUCAAUAUUCUGUCAACCUUCGAUGACCGGUGAAACACUUCAGCAUCGUAUGCAUUGACGCCUUGAGAAAUAGAGUAUUAUCGAUUGGCAACUUUGAAAGAUGAGCGACCUAGAGGAAGAUACAGAGAUUCUCGAAGAAAUAAAGCUCCUGGAAGAUGCUCUCGCCCAACAGCCAUCAGUGGAGCCCAUCGCCGAAUCACAGGAUCUUCCAUCCGAGGCAGACGCUCAAUCUUCCCUCCCGACAAUCGCAGAUACCCUCCCCACAUCGACACCCGAAGAAUUCCUAAUAAAUGAGGCUUUUAAAUUGAACGAGUCACUCCUCUCCAAGUGCCAUCUUCUCAAGGCUCAGAUCCUAGCUCGUAUCCAGAAGAUCAGUGAGGAACGAGAAGAGAUCUCUGCGAAGGUGAAACUCGCCUCCAAGGUAGCUAAGGCGACUCCUAGGCUGAGUUAUAGAAAAUUCGGUUGUCCCUACUUUAAGGAUGGGCAGUUGUUUGGCGCCCCGUGGAACCAGGACGCCCAUACCAAAUUUAAAAAAGGAGAAAUCAUGGUCGUGUAUCACAGGCCGCCUCGUCGUUGGACCGCCAAAGACAGGAAUAAUCUGUGGAUGGCUGUUCGUCUCCAAGCAGCCACUGAGCACUUCGAGAAGGAGGCGAGGAAACAGUCCCAGAGGACUAUUUCACAAAUAAAAGCCAAGGCCAAACGAGGAGGCCCUAAAUCACUAACGGCGAGUGAACCAUUUGAUCUAGACCUCGAAAAGUGUCAACUUCCCAGCAAUUACCGAGAGAUGAUCGGCCCCUUAGGUUCCAGGGAAUUCGAUUGGAUGAAGAUCGCAGCAGGCGAUUCUAACAAUCGUCAUUCAGCAGAGGAAUGUCGGGUUAUGUGGAACGUUUAUCUUCAUCCAGACGUGAAUCGUUACAAAUUUACAACCUCUGAAGAUCGCGAUUUGAUAAAAGCUGUUCAUGUACACAACCAGCAAGACUGGAACGCAAUAGCUGAAACUGUGGGAACAGGAAGGUCUGGUUACCAAUGCAUCAUUCGUUACUUGACCUUAGUUGGUCCACUGAACUUGAAAAAUAAAGAUGUUCCAUGGACAGCUGAAGAAGAUCAGGUCCUUAUUAAUGUUGUGGAAUCAUUGAGAAUUGGCAAUUAUAUUCCCUGGAGUCAGGUGACGUUUUACAUCGGUAAUAGGAUCAAGAAUCAGGUAUAUUCUCACUGGAAAUACAACAUCGAUCCUUCCUUAAGAAAAGGUAGAUUCACAUCUGACGAGGACGAGUUAAUCCUCGAAGGGGUCACCAAAUUUGGCAAAAACUUUUCCAGAAUUGCAAUCGAACUUCUGCCCCAUCGUACAAGCGUUCAAUUAAGUGGAAGGUUUACCCUUCUAAUGUUGAAAACCGAUCAGUCGUACAACUCUUGGACAGUCGCUGAAGACAUGCGUCUGUUAAAACUAUACGAGGAAUUCGGUCCCCAGUGGAGCAAAAUUGCUAGUCUCAUGAAAAAGAACAGAACAUACUUGAGACACCGAUAUGCCUGCAUCACUCGACACUUCGCCAAAGGUCGUGAUCUAUCAAACAUCCCAAGAAAGCGAAGACGAGGUCGACAGCCCGAGGACGAUGAGAGAAUCUUGAACGAAAUGUUUGUUCUCGGCGAAGUGAACGAAACUUACCUGGACGUUGACACGAGGCUGAGAAAGUAUUUCCAAAAAAAUCAAGCGCCCAUUGCAACACCCGGCAGGAAUACUAAAUACUUUACUGCUGAGGAGCUCGAGAGAUACACAAAAGGGCUCUACGAUUUAUUUGAAAAGCUAGAUGUCCAGCUGCAGAUCCCCGAGAAUCUUGAUAUUGAAGGAUUAACCUGCAAGGACAAGCAGCUUCUCAUAUCGUUUCAGAAUUAUUCCUCUGGGAAAGAGCCGCGUGGAAUAGACGACUUGGAGGUACUCAGGAAGAAGAUGUUCGGGGAGGACGAGAAUGAAGGAGAAAGCAAAAGCUUGUACAUUCCCCCAGCUCCUUUUGGUCUUCACUUCAAGAAAUGUCCAAAGAAAUUUAGCAGAAAACAAUACGAGAAGACGACAGAUGAUGACUGUGUAGUUACCUUGGAUCACAAUAUCGAGACUCCAGAGAAUAUUAACAAAAUGUUGAAGGACGAGGAGCUCGAGGUCUUCGACAAACUCUCGGAGAUGUUGUCGAAGCCCUGUGCAAGAGUUGAUGUCCUAGAACAGAAGCUUCUGAGGGUGGAGCCUGAAGUGGAGAGAGAUUUAGUGGAUAAUAAUGCGAUCAGUUCGAUAUCCUGGGGUAGAAAGAUGGGCGAAAGUAUGAAAACGAUGGAGGAUGCUGAGAGGGAGCGGAAGAAAUGUGUGGCCCCCAUGUAUGCGACGCUAUUGGGGUAUGACACCCUCAGGAACAUGAAGGAGGCUAAUGCGGACCUUGGCUGGACCGAGGAUGAAUCGAGGAUGAGCAAGGAACCUGUUACGGCGCUGGGAAAGAGAGCUUUUCAUACUUUUAAAAAUAGAUUCACAAGGCUUUUCAAAUAUCCUAUUGGGAUGGUAAAGUAUAAUGAGAUGAUCAAAGCUGGAAAUUCGAAGUUGGGGGGGUCAACGAAGGAUAAAGAUUGAGGUGAUCAUUGAUAUGAUAAUGUUCUUUAUUCGGUUAUAAGACGAGUUCAGCUUUGAAAAACUAUUAAUUUAAUAUUUAAUUCAGUAUUUUCGUUAAUUAAUGUUACAAAAGUGCGAUAUUUUGAUUACGAGGUGUUCUAAUAAAGUGGUAUUGGAAGUGAAAUCACUAUGCAUUUGAUUAGAUUUUAGUUUACUGUCCAAGUGGAUAUUGUCUCCAAAAGAAGAAAUAAUUAGUUUGGGGCACGAAACUACGAGAGAUGGUAUUCAUCUGUCAUAUCUUUAGGUCAAUGACGGGGGAAAAGGGAUAGAAAUCUUAUGGAGAAUAUGAAAUCUGGGUUAUUCGGUACAAAUAGCUCACAUGUUGAAAACUUGCUAAAGCCUACACUGAGAUAACAAGUGAAAAUUAAAGAAAUAUUUCUUCCAAAAGUACCAAAACAAUAUUUUUUUGAAUCAAUGCCAAUUCGGUUGCUUGGAUUUAUUCUUAGCCAUUUCGAAAAGUUUAUUGUUUCCAGACUUUUAAAUAGUUUUAGGCGAUGCCUCUCGAGAUGUACAAUGAGCCUCUCGGCCAUUUUGCACGCUGGUCUAGGAGGCCGCCUAGCCGAUAGGACUCAGUAUAUGUGCCCUGCGCGCAAAUUCACAGAGCUCAUCGAUUCCAUCCCUACCAACGUAGAUUUCCCUGACACAUGUGGUCCUGAAGACGUCUCAACGGAUCUCUCCCAGGCCACUGCACCUUGUGGUUAGGUGGUGAGGGUCUUCUUCCGUCAGCCCGCAUCUUGGACAUCGGGGGUCGUUCCACUUACCUAUUUUUGCUAGAUAACCAGUAAGGGGCCAGUGCUCAGUGAUGAACCCCACCAAGGAGCGGAGCUUCGCCCUGUCCAUGCCGACCAGUGUGUCGGCUAGCUUUUUCGUAGGAUUGCGUAGUAGGGAACUUGUGGGUCUGGCACCCUUUGCGGAGCACUAUCUCUCCACAAUACCCCUCUCCGUUUUUAACUACACUACUCCACCGUUUACAGCAUAUUUGACACUUUCUAUAGUUAAAUAAUUUUUUUUAUCAACACUUAAUUUUUCUAGACAUGGGGCAUGCAUUAAAACCGUUUUCAUUCCCCUGCUAAUAAUAAAUGGAAAAUAAUUGAUUUGUGAAAAAAAGGUGGUAAUAUGGGACCGAUGCCAUAUUUCUCUUCUCUUUCUUUUCUGUGGAGAGUUAGCCAGCUUUGCAUAAUUUACUCAGCGUUCUCGAUGUAUCUAAUACAAAAUAAUAAAUGAUAUAUAUAAACUCGCUAUAUACACAAAAUAUCGGAUAAUAUCAAAUGUGCAGUCUUUAUGUUCGAUUGAUUUAACUUAAAUCCCUGUGAGAAUUAUUUUUAGAGCGGGAAAGUGCGUUGCCUCUAAGAGAUGUGAAACUCUUUUGAUUCAUUAAAAAAAAUGAUGGGAAGAGACGUGAAGAUAAAUUAAUUUAGAAUCGUUCUGUUUGAUUAAUUACAACCAUAUCAUUAACUAUUUAAUGGGUUCUUCAGCGUCGAUUAUGAAUAGUUUUACUAAUGGUUAUUUGCGAACAUAUUUUGUUUUCAAAUAUUAAAAUCCACGAUAUCGUUUAGAAAAUUUUUGAAUACACCGUGUUUAUCGCUACCCAACAGUCAAGGGCAAUGUUGUCGUGACUUUGCACUGCGCGUAAAUUAGGAAAUUAAUGUGUUUGUGGUUUUUGUUAACGACGACUGAAAAGCAUUCUGAAUGAAUGUUAUUACUUUCGUGGAUGGUGUGUCUAUUAAUUUCUCAUAGAUGGAUGAAGUUACAUGAUAUUAGUGGCAUUUUUACGCUCGGCCUGUGCAUUUUUCUACUUUUACCGUAAAACGCGGGUUAAACCGGCUGUUUUAAAUAAUUUGAUGUAUUCGAACGACGUUCAUCAAGAAUGUAAACCUCCGGACAAACCUCCAGCCUAUGUUUAAAAAAGUCCAAAAAAUUAUAAAAAUUUUGCUGCUUUUUUAAAUCCCCCCUGAAGAUCGUUAAUCUUUUAAAGACAUCAGAAAAAGAAAAUUAUUAAGGAGUUUGUCUCCCCUGGCGGAAAGAUAACAUUUCAUAUUGGUAAAACUAAUUUCAUAAAUUUUUUCGAGUAUCCUACUGGGUUUGUGCAAAAUGUUGAGACAAAAACUCGAAU